AUGGGUGGUCAAUUCAAAGUCAUCAUCGUCGGCUCAGGCUUGGCAGGUUCUCUCCUGGCUAACGGUCUGAUUCGGAACGAUGUCCAAGUUACAGUGUAUGAACGAUUGGCGAAAGACAUGAAGCGGGAAGGCUACCAGAUUCGAUUGGGCGCUCACGCCCUAGCUGGAUUUCGGGCCUGUCUCGACGACGAACAAGUCAAAGAAGUCAUCGGAAAGUUUGGUAGAUCCAAUGGUUCUCGGUCGGGGGCUCCAGUAAUCUGCGACAAGAGCUUCAAUGUUCUGUUGGACGCGUCCAAGUUUCCAACUUAUAACAAAUCGGCACCGAUUAAUCGAGUCAUCUUGCGAGAUAUCUUGGCCAAGCCAGUCGAGAAUGCUGGCCACUUGGUGAGCGGCAAGCAGUUUGAGAAAUAUAAAAUCUUGAAUCCAGGCACAUCCACAGAAAGAGUUAGGGUGUAUCUUUCCGACGGAACGUUCGACGAUUGUGAUCUGCUCAUCGGCGCGGAUGGAAGCCAUUCAAGGAUCAACCAACAGCUUGGACUAAACAACAUCUCAGAGCUUGAUACCCAUAUAUUCAUGAUCUCAAAGUGUGAGCUUCCGACAGAAAGAUAUCGAACAAUGAGCCAUGUACUUCAGAACUAUCCUAUUCUGACAUACGCCGACAAUAUGAGUAUAUUCUACUGUGCCUAUCUCCCAGAUAAAGAGCCUGAAGAGUCAAUACAUGAAGGCGCCGGGGGUUUUGACGAUAAACUCUCGUCCUGCAUGUUUUCAUUCAUUGUGCCUGUAGAAAAGGCUCCGUCCAAUAUCUCGCAAUUGCCACUCGAGGCGCAGUGGGAUUUUAUCGCGUCGUGUAUCAGGUCGUGGGCCCCAGAAUAUCAUGAGAUUGUAGAUCUUCUUCGUGGCUCUUCAGUAUAUUCUUACAAGCCACGAGCGAGCGUGAGACCUCAGAAGUCAUGGCGCAAAAAGGCGCUAAGAAGCGGAAUCGUGGAACAAGGACAUCCUCGGGUAUGGCUGUUGGGAGAUGCCAUGCAUGCUAUGCUACCUGCUCGUGGUAUGGGUGGAAACACUGCUAUGAGAGACACUGCAACUAUGCUGCCGUUGGUGACGGAGCUCGCAGAAUAUGCAGAGGAGCACAAAUAUUUACCCACAACAGUGGUAGCCGAAAAGCUCGAUCAGUAUGAGGCCGAGAUGGUUCCCCGGGCAUUUGGCUGGGUUGAGAAGAGUGGUGGUACAACGAUCAUACCGAUUGACACGAGUCGAUUCAUCGCGAGGGUAUUGUUCUUUGUCGCAGCGCAGGCAAUGAAUAUCUCUUACUGGUGGAAGAAAUUCACUUCGAUAUUCACAAAGGCGGACCCUAUAGAUCUCGACUUAGAUUUCAAAGCAUAG